CCGAAAUACUCUCGGAUUGAAGUCAAAUGAGGGUUUCGACGCAGCCCAAAUGAGAAAUAUAAACCCUAGCUUCCUCACUUCCCCUCCUAUUUGUAUUCCAUCUUCUCAACUUCCGCUGCUUCUCCACCUUCUCUGCAACACAACUCAUCCCACAAUGGCGUCGGAGAGCAAGAUGGCGAAUCCCAUGAGGGAAAUCAAGGUUCAGAAGCUCGUCCUCAACAUCUCCGUCGGAGAAAGCGGCGAUCGUCUCACCAGAGCCGCCAAGGUCUUGGAGCAGCUCAGUGGGCAGACCCCUGUCUUCUCCAAAGCUCGAUACACUGUGAGGUCUUUUGGGAUCAGGCGUAACGAGAAGAUUGCCUGCUACGUGACUGUCCGCGGCGAAAAGGCAAUGCAGCUUUUGGAGAGUGGACUGAAGGUCAAGGAAUACGAGCUGUUGCGCAGGAACUUCAGUGACACCGGAUGCUUUGGUUUCGGUAUUCAGGAACACAUUGAUCUCGGAAUCAAGUAUGACCCUUCCACUGGUAUCUAUGGUAUGGACUUCUAUGUUGUCCUAGAGCGCCCAGGGUACCGUGUGGGACGUCGCCGCAGAUGCAAGUCGCGCGUUGGUAUUCAGCACAGGGUUACCAAGGAGGACUCGAUGAAGUGGUUCCAGGUCAAAUAUGAAGGAGUCAUCCUCAACAAGUCCCAAAAUAUUACCGGCUAGACAGAUCAACCACAAUCUCUCAUAUUUUGUUUUAGGUUUAGCAAGUUGUUGCUACUGUUUACCGAUUUCCAAGUAAGAGCUAGUAUUUUCUUUAAGACGAUGUGCGAGUAUUUUUGAUCUUAAGAGCUAUCUGACGCUCUCAUGUUUCAACUCUUUUUUCUUAUAUGGGAGCAUGUUUUAUGUCUUGUUUCA